AUGGGCGUGCGCUUCCUUCUAAUAAUAUGUAUUAUCAAUUUUUAUGCAAUCUCCUGUACUAUUACUGGAAGAAAUUUCUCAUUAUGUUCUUUUGUUUCAAAUGGUGUGUAUAAAGGAGUUCAUAAAAGGACUAGAAAACGUAGUCCUAAACGUACUAGGAAAAGAGUCCCAAGUCUUGACUCUAAUAAAAGGAAAUUGAGCAAUACAGAACUACGCAUUAAAUCAAAAAGGAUUGAAAGUUUAAAUGCAAAAAAAAGGAGGAAAAAUGCUCUAGAAAAGAGGAAAUCUGUUGUCAUGGAGAAGAAGGAUUUUGACUUCACUGAUUUUAUAAAUUUACUAUGGGAAGAAGUUAAAGGCGAUACAUUUAGUAUUGAACCAACUGUUGAUGAAAGAUCUGUUCCUCUAAAAUCAUGCGAAUUAAAUAUUAAACUCCAUACUUUGGUGAAACAUAGAUAUGCGGAUGAAACAAUCACUGAUAUCUAUGUAAGGUUGGCAAAUUAUUUUAAAAUAUCACCUAAAGUCCUUUAUAGAGAAAUUUGUGCUAUAACUGGGAAAUAUGGCUGUAAUAUUAUUAAACCAUCUGAUUAUGAGGAGUCUAGUGAUAUGAAUCCUUAUAUACAAAGUUUAAGAAGAGCCAAAUUUGAAAUUUAUACUUUAAUAGGGCGGAAGAUGCUUAGAUAUGCAUUAACAUGUUUAACUAGAUAUAUAAGGCUAGGCAUCCCCCCUGAAGUCAGAUAUCGCUAUGUUUAUGAUAUACUAAGCCUAGAGCACGUAUCUUCUGCAUGUGAUUUGUAUUGUAAUCACAUUGAUAUAUUCCCCAUUACUAGAUAUGAUCAAAUAUAUCCUGAUAGAGUCGACUUUAGGCCUUGUGAGGAUACAACUGAUAUCGGAGGUAUAUCUGAUCAAAUAUUUUAUACUGAAAUUGAUAAAUCUAAGGGUUGGAGUCCAUCAUUAUUGGUGGAUAAUUCUGUAUUUUCUAUUCUUUCGGAUAAAAUGAAGUGCCAACUUGUUUAUCUGUCCGCUGCAUUGCAUCCUGAAUAUACAUUACAAAUUGUCAAAAACGUAGCUUUUGUUGCAGGUUAUAAAAAUGAAUCUGAACUUUUAAGAAAAUUUGCAUUUAACAAUAAAUUUACUUCCCGUGGAGCUAAGAGUUAUAUACUCAAAUUAUCUGAGGAAUCGGCUGCCAAUCAUAUUAAAGAGAAGAUUAAGUCUAGUCCCCUAUCAAAUCGUGCAGACAGGAAUUUGGAAUCUAUUCAUAAACCUCUUGUUUGGAAAUCUUUGGAUAGAAGAACUAGUUUGAGGCGGCUUAAGAAACGUUUGCAUAAAAUUUUUGAAGAAGAGGAAGCUCAUGGGAUGGCAAAACCUAGUUUAUGGCUUGUUUUGAAACAACAAAUUGAUAGGAGAAUUCUGGAAGCCCCUAGGACCUUUUAUAAACAAGUUAAGCAUACAUUGUUAGGGACUAGGAAUAUGUCGAGUAGGAGUAUAGUAACAGAACUUAUUGAUCGUGGAUUCGAUCCGCCUUGCAGAAGUUAUUCAUAUAUAAAUCGCAAAGAAAGAGUUAAAAUUGCAAGGAAAAUGGAAGUGUGGGCUGAUAAGGAAAUAACAUUGCCGCCAAAUGGCUUAAAAACAAAUAUAGAUUAUGUUAAGGCUUUGUCGAUACUUGACGCUGCCGCUUCUGCUGCAGGAUAUAAAAGCAUUCGUCAUUUAUUAGCCUUGGUAGCAAUGUUGGCCAAACCAAAAACUGAUAAAAUUUCUAGGAGAAUACGACAGCCCGGAGAAAUAGGUCAGGAUAAUGAACUUAAAAUUAAACAUUUUGCUCAUAAAUUAGAUGGAUUUAAUUGA